AUGGCUCUUAACGUGAGCAAAGUUGUGCCCAGUAGUCCCAUUUUAGCGAAGAGGGCUAGUGCUUCGAGAUCUCAAAGGGUCUUGCUAGCUUUCUCACCCAAAAAGAGCUCCUCUGCUGAAGAAUUACAAGGUCUUUCUUGUACAAAGCCUGUUACUUUUGUUACUACUUGUCGUAGAUCUUCUUCUACUUUGUGUUUUCUUGGAAAGUCUCAAGACACUGAAACUAAACCACACGAGGAGUCACCUAACUCUCAAAUUGUACAAAAAGAAGGUGAGAAGAAAGUGAAGCCAAGGAGAACAAGCAGCUCAAGACAGGUUUUGGUGGAAUAUGUGUCUAAUGAUGCUAAGUUUGUGAAUGAAAGGGCUCGUAGCGACUUUGUUCUUCUCUCUCGUGGCAUUAUGAGACUUGACGCUCGUGCGCGUCAGGACGUUGCAAUUCUUGGUUCAGGGUUCCUUAAACUCGAUG